AACAGGAAAAAAAAAAACAGAGAGAAAAAAGGAGAAGUAUCUAUUUCAGCAGACUGCAACCAAGUGAAAAAGUGGAAGAAGAGUCCCAAGAGAAGACGACGUCUUGCUUGUCUGGGGAGAUUUCAAGGCAAAUCCAGUAAAGCAAAGUCCCUCAAACAGGAAGUGAAUGUAAGAUGCCACGUUCCUUUUUGGUGAAGAGCAAAAAGGCUCACACCUAUCACCAGCACCGCUGUGUGGAAGAUGACCUGCCAGUACUCACGUGGAGUCCAGUCACCUCUGCCUUCACUGCCACAGGAGACAGGACACCAGAGGACAUCAAGAAACAGGACCUGGGAUGUGUGGUUCCAAAACAAGAAAAGGACCCACCUGAACUGAAAGAAGAAAGUGUCCCUGUCCAGUACCUGAGCAGGAUGCUGCCAGGCCCUUCAGCUCAAGAGAUGGCCAUGCCAGGGCUGGAGAUCAAGGACUGCACUAACACCGUGAACACCCCAACCUUCUACAAAGCCAGCUUUUCCUGGGAUGCUUUUCAUGUGCCAUACAGCUACCAGCAGAUGUCUUCCAGCUCCCUGCUGGAGCAUCCCGUGAGCCUGUAUGGGAGCCACCUCCUGCCAAGCACUGAGCCCCCCCUGGAUUACAGCCUGCAUUACUCCUCAGACAUGGAGACCUUCCACUGUGUGAAGUGCAACAAGGUGUUCUCCACUCCCCAUGGACUGGAGGUCCAUGUCCGAAGGUCUCACAGCGGGACCCGUCCCUUUGCUUGUGAAGUGUGUGGCAAAACCUUUGGGCAUGCUGUGAGCCUGGAGCAGCACACCAACAUCCACUCCCAGGAAAGAAGCUUUGAGUGCAAGAUGUGUGGGAAGACAUUCAAACGUUCCUCCACCCUCUCCACUCACCUCCUGAUCCACUCGGACACACGGCCCUAUCCCUGCCAGUACUGCGGGAAGCGCUUCCAUCAGAAGUCAGACAUGAAGAAGCACACGUACAUCCACACAGGGGAGAAGCCCCACAAAUGCCAGGUGUGUGGCAAAGCCUUCAGCCAGAGCUCUAACCUGAUCACCCACAGCCGCAAACACACCGGCUUCAAACCCUUCAGCUGCGAGCUCUGUGCCAAGGGCUUCCAGCGCAAGGUGGAUCUACGGAGGCACCGGGAGACCCAGCACAGCCUCAAGUGAGGGGUGGCUCCAGGUCUUUACUGGAACUCCCACUUCAUGCUCCAGGGAAGAAGACUGUCCCCAGCAUCUCCAUCCACAUUAUAAAGCUCCCAUGGUGUCCUAUGUUCCCCUGAGGACUGGCCAAGUCAUGCAUUGGCUUUGCUGUUUGGCACCACAGGGCCUUGCACAUCCCAAAGAAACCUGUGGGAGCUUUCACUUUUUGAUUGCAACAGGUACCAACCCAGAUCUGACAUCACCUGCUCAAGUGUAAAUCCAGAGGAAUUCCUCUAAGGUCACUAUCACUCUGGAUUUACACCAGGAGCAGAAUCCAGUUUGUCAGGCUGCCCAGCGGGGAGGAGGGGACUCCUGGGCUGUUGGCAGCAACAGUCUUUGCCAAGCUGGUGCUGUAACCAUGUUCUGCUCUGAUGGUUGGGAAGAUAAGCCCAAGGCAUGCAAAUAGAUUGCAUUCAGUCAGCUGUGUUCAACCUGGACAGGCCUUCUGCAGAGACUUGCCCAGGCCAUAAAUUCUACCAACAGACACCUUAAAGUAAUUUCUUUCAGCAGAGCAUUUACUCUGAUCAAAUGACAAGUUAACUGUGCUGUAUUUUUAGCUUGGAGUGGGAGGAAAAUACUGAAGAAACAGCUCCUAUCCCUAGCAGAUAACAGGGGUCUCUAAAUACAUUCCUCAGACACAGCACGAUGCAGAGAUCCCAAGCAGGCUCCAGGAAGAGUCACACCACAGCACCAGGCAGGAGCUGAUCAUCCCCCAUGUCUUGGUACCAUGGGAGAGUUUGGCUGCUCUUGGAAUUGGGGCUGGUAUGUACCACAGUAUUUCCCUGUAUAUGCUGGACAUGCCAGCUUAGAGCUGUCCUGAGCAAUCCUGAGUCACUGCAUGGGCAGGAGUGACCCUGGAUAUCGCUGUCAAGGGCCAGAGUUCUGCUUGCCAGGCACUCUCCUCAAGGAGGAAGUGACUGAGCCUGUACAUGUUGGCAGAGUAUGCAAGUACCUCACAAAUAUUAUACAAAGAGAGCAGUGGUAUUUCCUCCUUUUGCCAGGUCUAGGGGUUGAAGCAAAGCACUGAAGCAAGUAAAGAACCAGUUCCCCUCCAAGCUCUGCCAGAUUCUCUCUCUAUAACCUUUGGCAAGUCACCACACUGGGCUUUUGUUUUUCCAUCCCUCCUGGUGACGUAGGGCUAUUCACUCAGGUUUGUGGAGCUCCCCAAGUUCUUAACAGGAAAUACAAAGUAUUAUAAAACAGAAAAGUGUUUUCAGUUAAUUGGGGCAUUGUAGCAGCAUGUGGCUCACUCCAUAACUGCAUCCCUGAACACACAGCUUUGGACAACAACACCAGUGGGAAUUACCCUGGGAAUGGGCUGUGGCCAUUUCACUCCAAAAGCUUAUGAAGGAAAGCUGCCAUCAUGGGCAAAGACAAAAUGGUCUAAGUGGAAAAUUCCUGUAUUGCCAGGAGAGAACGGCCCUCAGUUCCACUGCUGUAAAUCCCAAGUUACUCUCCUAAGACCUAAACUGUACUUGCCCCUUUUAUGCUGUGCCUAAGCUGUAAGUCAUUAAUAUGUACCUGGAAGCUCAAACCCAGAGUCUGUACUCCUGGCUUUACUUGUACACUGUAAAUAUGUAUUUAUACUUAUUCUAAUGUAUAUUUUUAUUGCACUAUACCAGACAGUGACAUGCACAGGCCUGCUGGGAUUUAUCUGAUAAAUCUGUUCCUUCUUAGUAACUGGGCUAACACAGUGUAUUUCAUGUUCAAAACACUUAUUUAAAGAACAGUUCAUACCUGACUCUGGGGACACAGGCAAUGGGGAUGGGGUGCAAAAGGAGAAAGAAAAGAGUUUAGGAUUGCUCUUUAUAAUUUGAGUGGGAUUAAAGAUGGAAAUUCACAUGCAGGAAAGGGCUCCCAUUAGAGAGACUUUCAUCCUGGAGACAGACUGGUGCAGAGCCCCACAGAUCCAGAGCCAGCUCUGCAGAGCAGGAGUCGACACACAGAAUGUCCAACAGGCAGUGCCAAAGCCCCCAGAAAAUCCCUGCUGUCCUUUCCUGAGCCAUUCUGGGGAAGGUGCAUAACCUGUGAUGGAAGUGGUCCCCGGCCCCACAGCCACCUGUGAACAUCACACAUGCACAAGCCUUGCUCAAAGUCAUUUCAGCUUAUUAAAACUACUGCCCAAAAUGCAAACUCUGUUUGUUAUUCCC